AAAUGUGCGCAUGGACUCUCACAAACUGCUCGUAAAUGUGCGCAUGGACUCUCACAAACUGCUCAUACAUGUGCGCAUAGACUCAUGCAUCCGUAGGGGUUUUGAACAAUGACGGUUAGCGAGGGGAAUGGAAAUGGGGAUUUGGAAGAGCAAAUAUUGAAUUUGAAGAUUGAAGAUGGUGAUGGAGCAUCUAAUAGUGGACCCUAUCCCGAGCGAUCAGAUCAGCCUGACUGCUCCUUUUACAUGAAGACUGGGACCUGUAAAUUUGGCAUGAAUUGUCGAUUUAAUCAUCCCCAUGGAGAUAAACAGGAUGCCUUUACAAAGAAAGAAGAGUUCCCUGAGAGAAUUGGACAGCCUGAAUGCAAGUUUUAUUUAAAGACAGGAACUUGUAAAUUUAAAAGUGCUUGUAGAUUUCAUCAUCCAUCUGACAGAAACGGCUCAGCAGGGAAACCACUUUUAAACUUCUUAGGACUCCCAAUUCGGCUGGGUGAGAAGGAGUGCCCCUUCUACAUGCGCCAGGGCUCCUGCAAAUAUGGAGAGAACUGCAGGUUCCACCAUCCUGAUCCCACUGCAGUUAGCAAGCAGGUACGUUUUUCAGGAUAUCCCACAAAUGCUAGCAAUGAAUCUUUUUCACCCCAUGCAUCAGCAAUGCCACAUCCACUUGGAGGAUUCUGGCCGGGUGCACCGAGUGAGGCAGUUCCUCCAUUCAUUAACAAUGGCGCUUCUUCAUCUUAUGUUCCACCUGUGCCUUCACCUUUUCCAGAAUCGGGAUGGAACGAUUACCAGCCUUCUGUGACCCCUCCAUUGGUUCUAGAAAGCCAUUAUCAUCCACCACCACGCUCUGCACCUGUUUAUCAUCAACCAAACACAAAUAAUUCAAAUUCAUCUACAAACCAACAACAGGUGGCAGUUGAUGAUGUAUUCCCCGAAAGGCCUGGGGAACCCAAUUGCCAAUAUUACAUGAAAACAGGAGACUGUAAAUUUAGAUCAUCCUGCAGGUAUAAUCAUCCGAAGGACAGGGUCCCAACAAGCUCACCCAUGUGUAGCUUCAGUCCCAUGGGCCUUCCUUUGAGACCUGAUCAACCUGUAUGCACUCAUUACAGUCGCUAUGGCAUUUGCAAAUUUGGACCUGCAUGCAGGUUUGAUCACUCAUUAAAGAACGCUUGGGUUUCUGCUGGAGGGGAGGCUGGAGAGCAAGAGGCCACACAAGAAGAUGGGACUGCCGCCUCACCCCCACUGUCUCCUUCUUGAGAUAUUCUUGGACGCUUAUUUAUCAUGAAAAUGCAUAAUGUUAAUGUGUACAUAAGGAGAGGGUGAGAGUGGGAGAGAGAGAGAGAGAGGAGAGAGUUUCGAUAGUUGCUUGAAUUCACUCUAUUUGAGAAUUCUGAGCCAUCUUGUGUUGAACCAGAUCGAACACUCAUGGCUGUUUUUGGACUGCAGGAUCUUUCAUUUUCUUUUCUUUCGUAUCAUAUCCUUUUUGGGCUUCUGGCUAAUGGUUGAACAAGAACACUAUUGAUAAUUGGUAAUAAAGGGUGAUGAAUUGGACUUAAA